AUGGAUCUUGGGGUGGCUGCUGCUCAUGAUGAGCUGCUGAACUUGUCACGAGCUCCUUUGCCUUGUGCAGUGACAGGAUCUGCACCUUGGCAGGCCUUGGUACUCAGAAGAGACAUUCAGGCACUGCGGAGAUCUGCGCCGCCUCACGGACUCUCUAACCUUAGCAGGGACCUUGACUCGUAUAAGUCUUUUGACCGUGCAAUCGGCCAAACUUUUGACAUUUUAGACCGAAGGGCAGCUUUCGUGGCCGGUGGCUUAGCUUUCAACACUAUCUUUGGCCCAUGGGAGGGUGGAAUAGCGACAAGUGAAGUGCCGCGUGAACCAGGCCUGGCCACGCACUCGAUUUUUGACCUAAGAAUACUGAGUUGGAAUGUACGAGGUGCCCUGAGUGUGUCCAGCCGUCAGGAAGCUCAAAACGACCGUAUUUGGCAGCUGGUUACAGCCUUGCAUACCUCGCAAGUCUCCAUAGCCAUCAUCAGUGACCCAUGCUUUGGCCCCGGCAUGUGUUGGCCCCAAAGAUCUGGCUAUGAGUUUUUUGGUGAACGAUCUGUCCGCAAUAAUACCGUGGCUCUCCUGAUUUCUACAGACUUUCUUGACAAAGUCAGUGUGUUAGCUCAAGUGGGGGAUGCGCGGGCAAUGUGGCUCCAUGUCCACAUCCCGGUGGGCAAUGCGCGUGGUUUCCUUCUCUUGGCAACUUAUGCUCCUCCCCCCAACCGUAGCCCGCUCGAACGCCGUGAGUUUUUUGAAGCGCGAGCUGCUGACCUCCAAAAACUCCGCACUGAACGACUUUUUUCAUCAUUACCUGUAAUUUUGGCAGGUGAUUUGAACAUCCAUAUAGCAGAACUUUGUGAUAAAAAUACACGACUGGAAAGACCCGUUGAUCGAGAGAUUACCGCCAUGAUCGUCAGCACUGUGGGCAUGAACCUGGUUCUGCGGAACCCUUCCCAGAUCGCCACACAUGAUUCGGGUUCUGCCAUUGAUUUAGUCUUUUCUUCGCAUGAAAUCACACCGGUUGUUGAAGUCUUGCCUAAAACGGAAUUUCUUUUUUCUUCUGAUCAUCGACCGCUCCUAAUUACAGAUGUUGGGAGUAUACCCCAUGCUGAACGGCAGACCUUUGGCAAGGCAAAGUGGUCUCCUUCCAGUGACGCUUGGAAUGAGGCACUCUUGCAUGUCCCCUUGUGCUUGGAGUAUAUCUGUACAUGGGUUCGGAUGAUUUUACGUGAAAAUUUGCUCCGGGAUUCAUUAGUCGAUGGGAAAUGGCAACGUCUCCGGCAAGCAGUUGUCGACAGAGCCGUUUGGUGGCGCUCUGUUGUUCUUUGCUUAGCCGGUCACAUGUGUGGUCUGGCCGUCACUGUCAAACCACAUUCCUCAACCUAUGGGUCCCAGGCCUUUCAGUUGAAAAAAAUUUUGCUUGAAUGGUAUGGUCCUCAGUGCCAGAGCAACACGAUUGAAUAUGAGGAGUUUGUAUCUCAGGUUGGUAGAGCUGGUAGCCCCUCUUUGGUUCGGCACUUUCUUGACUCCCAUGCCACGGACCCUAGCAGGGCGCAGGCUCUUUUGAGCAUGAUGCUCAACCCAAGGGUUGCUACAGAGGUCAACUUUGUUGAUGAAGCAUCUGGCCGCAGGGCCUCUGAUAGCACUGUUGUACAACUCUUGACGCAAGAAAUUCUUGAGCGGCCUAGCCAGGCUCAUCCAGGCAUUGAUACUUUCACUGAGGUUGUGCAUGAGGCCUUACAGGCUGAGCGUGAGACUGCCAGGCAGGAAGCGGCCACUGAACCUCACAUGUUUUUUGCGUUUGACGACGUCAAGCGUUGGGUGAGUGACAUUUCGCAACAUAAGGCUUCAUUAAGAUUUCCCAGAGCUGCUUUGGUCAAUGAGAACCCCUUAGGGCUCGAACUCUGCUGGCUUUUACUCAAUCUCUUUAUGGCCCUGGGCGUCGUUCCAUCGGCAUGGAUGCGUGAGGUGAGUUUCAUCAGGAAACGGGGCCCCCAGGUUGUUACGGAGAUGAAAAAUCUUAGACCGAUCAGCUAUACUGACGAACUUCAAACUUUAUUUGAUUUGGCCUGGUUGCAUUCUUGCCGCCACCUUCUUGAAACCUACAUUGGCCAAGAACAAGCCGGAGGCCGAUUUGAUAGUACUUUGGUUUCUUUAGGUAUUUUGAUCGCGCUGCAGACUCGUCGGAAUUGGUCUCUACCAACAUUUUGUCUCAAAGCUGAUCUUCUCCAAGGUUAUGAUCUGGCAUGGAAGUCAGCAAUGUUACUUCACACCCGAUGGGCUGGCAUUCGUGGUUCCUUGUGGUUGUGUCUUGACUCCGCUGUACAGCAGGAUCAUUUUCGCAUCCGUUACGGGCCACUGGUUGGCCCUGCCAUUCUUUUAAUCACUGCUGGUCUUGGACAAGGUGGCCGUCGUGCUGUUCAUCUUUUUGGUGCCUUGGCCAGAGGUAUCCCGGACCAGCUGCGCCAGAGUGUCAUUGGUGUCUCGCUUGGCACCUCUCCCAUUUUGUUGGAUCGACUACGGCUGCACAGCAGACCGUCCGGCGAUGUUGAGGUUAAUAUCGUACCAUACUUAGUUCAGGCAUGUCGUGGAACUGCCCCACUGUCACAUUCCUCUACCUUACUUCGCUCCACGAAUUUGGAAACAGCCUUGGUUGCCUUGGACGUCCUAGCCACCCACUCCUUGCUAGUUUUUCAAUUUGUUGAUGACGUUUUUGUCUUUCAAUCCACGCUGUGGGGUAUGAAUCGAGUAUGUAAGGCCUUGGAACAGUUUUUGCAAUUGUGGAAACACAGGUUUGCUGCUGGCCCAAGCAAGGUGGCCUUGAUGUUGGUUCCGGCUAGUCUACCUAGCUCCACUAACCUUCCCAGUCUCGAUGGGGCUGCUAUUGGUUUGGUUUCCUCUUUCAAUGUGCUUGGGCCCACAUUUGACAGCAAUCUUAGCUUCGCCCACUUGCUUGAAGUCACGUGCGCUCGUUUUAUACAGGAAACCUCCCAGCUCUGUGUCUCCCUACGUGAUCUAGGCAUUGGGCUCCCUCACCACACUCAGCAGGUGGCCAUAAGGGUUGAAAGCUCAGUUUUACAUGGCACUGAACCCCUGGCCAGUGCUGCAGUAGGGUGGCUGCAGGUGUCUAAACGUCUUAAUGCAGCGCACUAUAGGGCCUUGAAAGCCAUACUGGGUAUUGAGGGCAUUUCCCUUGGCUCAGGGGGCUAUGCCCGGGUCUUGUGUGCUUUAGGUAUUGACCUACGUCUUGCUACCAAGGUGGCUUUGCGGAUCUUGUCCGCCAGGGCUAGGUUACUUAUGGUGCCCAGUCAAAGUGCCAUUCCCGGCAUCCUGGAAGGAGCACGGCGAGUGCCCGGAGCGACGUGGUUAGAUGAUUCCUUGGCAUUGGAGCACAGAUUUGGGAUCCCUGAGGAUUUCAUUGAGUUUGCUCAGCAUGAGCAAAAUUUAUUUCCUUGGCUGCGUGAUGCUUCUUUGGAGAAGAAAGUCUUGGCGAUACUUGCAUCGGCACACUGGAGUAAACGUGAGUGGCUCUAUACUCGAGCUUGGUACCUCUCCCGCCUUUCCGGGCAAUGGUGGCUUGAACCGGUGCUUGAGUUGGAGCCUCUGCAUCAGAAGAUCCUCCACGUUGGUCGUUGUACUGCUCAGGUUCAUGCGGCUUUGAAAAAAUUGCGACCUCAGGUGCAUUACGACGUGGCGUGGGUUUCAUCUCUUUAG